AUGGGUUGGAGUGUUCAUGAGACCACCUUGGCACUCUCACACCAGUGGCCUUGCCGCCGACACCGUUGGUGGGCGAUCCUUUGUCCAAAAAGCUGGAGUACUACCUCCUUGCUGAAGUGGCCGGAGGACUCGGACUUUUUGCAGGUGGGCAUGGUCCUUCCUAGCUGGGGGUGCUGGCCGGCAUCACACGAAGAUGCACUGAAGUUGACGGAGACAGAGCUUCAGGCCUAUGCCAAACCAGAAUACGGAACAGAGCAACGUUUGUUGACAUCAGCAUCCAUGGCACCAACAUUCCUCCACAGCUACGGGAACGCUUUGAGCCCUUGUCCCUGUGGAUGUCGUCAAUUUCCUUUUGCAGAAGAGACAUUGCGAACAAGAGGCCUGCGAGGAUGCUAUGUGCAUUCCAUGCUCACUGGUGCUUUCAGAUUUCUUCAUCCCAUGGAAUUGGCAGCACUCUUGGGCUUUCCAGCCACCAUGAGUCACCUCUCAGAGGUUCGACACGCUUUGUGUCUUCUGGGGGCAGUCGCUUCUCCACUUCAAUCUUUGUGGACUUUCUCUUGCUUCCUCUCUUUGGCCAAGGGGGACAACAUGCAAAUCACACGCCAGGCAGCCUUGGAGCAUCUCCGGGCAUACAAGCAUCGACUGUGCCGAGAAUAUGCCCAACUCUGUGCACCAGCCCUGCAGACUCCACGCAGCUUGCGUUUCUUCUCCAUUGAAGGUCUCUUGAUGCACAUCCAAACCCAGGGCCUCAUUACGACUGGAGCUCUCUUGCAAGCGGAGCAGUUCACACUUCAUCCUGGCGAAUUCCUUGAGCUUUGGGAUGGCCCACGACAACUUCCACGUGAUCAACCUCUUUUGACCGAAGGGGAUCACGGGCCAUACACGUUGUACCUCAAUGCAACGGCCAGACAACCCAAUCAACAGGGUACGGUGGUGAUCGCCGUGCAAACAUUGGAGCAACUUCACAUCCUCUUCUUGCCCAGGGGGACCUUCCUCUUUGAGGUAUUGCGGCAAUGUGCACUGCCGGGUGGCUGCCUCCUGCAAGAUGACCAUGGCAAUCCCUACCCAUUGGACUUUAGGGUUUGGGACAGCUACCGAUUCAAGGUCUCCACCCCUACGCCGCCACAAAGAGCAAAUGGACUUGCUUCAUCACAUGGACUUGGACUCUCAGAUACGUCCAUUUGGCAGGCUAUGAUUGGACUUACACAGCUGGGCUUUGGACUUUUGCCCCAACGCCUGCUUCUGAUUCACCCCCUGUGGACAGAUCGCCUCUUGAAGAAGACACAAGCGCCUGAACCGAUGAUGGACUUCUCACUCUCGAAGGCUUUGGAUUUUGAGGAGAUCUUCUGCAUCUUCGCUGACCAGCACCAUUGGGCACUGCUUUGGGGUCAUCAGCAGUCGGAGGGCAUCUCUUGGACUUACCUCGAUGGACUUUGCCAUCCCAUCCGAUCUGCUGCCCAUUGCUUAGCUCUUCAACUGAGCGAUCUUCUUCAACUCCCAGCCUUGGACUUCAAUUUGCAACGCCACUACCACCAACAACAUCCUCAUACUUGUGGCACAGUCGCUCUUUGGCAUCUUCGCCACAUCUUGUUGGGCCCUUCAAACUUGGACUUCCAUCGUGAACUGCAGCUUCAUGAAGAGUGGUUACAAACCUCUAGAUGGGACGACAUCCUGAUGGCCUUUGGUCGUGCCCCAUCAGACCCCGACCGUCUGGCCAACCUCCUUCAAGACAAAGGCGUACCACAUGAGGCUGCAGCUCAACGAGCUCAAGAUGUUCUGGCCACAUUGGGGUCCACGGCGGUGACUGAAGCCCUCUCUGCGACCAACCCAUGGGCCACAUUGAAAAGCCUGUCUUCCAGACCAGCUACAAGAUUACGUCUGGUCAAAGACCAUGAGCUCAAGGAUCACAUCAACCAUCAAGCCCGCACCAAACAUGGUGCCCACGUCCCUCGGGCAAAACAGAAGAAGCAAUCUUCUCCGGCUGCUCCACUUAUGCCGGUGGAUCCGAGUACUUUGCAGCUGAUUCCCAACACCUUUGUGGAUGACGAUGGCGAUGAACUGCAGCAAAUCCCUUUCACAGAGGUCUGCAAAGAUGCUCAUGGAGUGGCGUUUUGCACGCCCAGACAAGCUGAACCAUUUCUGGCUGAUCCAGAAAGCAUCAGCUCCACUACCCUUGGACUUCUCAUCACCAGUACGCUCCCAACAGAGCAGGUCACUCUCCACAACCUGACUUCCAUGCGCUUUCCGGCACUAUGCACGGCCACGGAUGAACCAAUGCUGAUUCAAGGACACCUUCUUAUCCUCAGCGACGGUGCCAUCCACCGUAAGGAAGACACUCUUCCUGACAUGCAAGUGUCUAGCACAGACAUUGUGAAGAUCCAGGUGCACAAAGAAGAGAUUUCAAUGGAUUGGACUCAGGUGAUUGGUGGCCCCAUUCGAGCCAUUCUCCAGAUGGUCCCGGCUCUUCGACUUUGUUCCGGUCGACAGUGCGGCACCGAUUGUCCACUAUACCACCCUCCUCUGGAUGAUGAGGUUUCAGGGCUGAUCCUGGACAUCUGGGCACGAAGCUUCUGCAAUCAACAUGGCAAGAUCACCAAAGCAGAGAUGGCCCACUACUUUCAAGCUCUACUACGAGUACCCUCAGUAGCUCUGGAUCAUCUGCUUCGAAUUGUGGUGCCGGGCGUCUACUUUGAGCCACGGGCAUCCACUGAAAGAGGACCACAUCCGGACUACAGUGUCAUCUGGCUUCCUGGACUUCCUCUGGACAAAGCUCUGCACCGACUACGAACUUGUGACCAUGGACUUUCUUUGGCCAAGAUGCAUCAGCGCUAUGGCAUUCGAGUCAAAACAGUGCAUGAGCAACAAACUCAUCAGGCCCUUCGCCCAGAUGAUCAGUACAUUGCAGUCCAAGUCAAACAGGUCUACGUGAUCUUUCCUCUUCCUCAUGGCCUCACACGUCAUCAGGUUAGCAAGCUGCUUGAAGCUUGGCAGUGGCGAGCAAAACCACUUCAAACUACGAAGGGCACUCAUCAAGGUCAAGGCUGGGCCGUCGGCACUGACUGCCCUCCUCCAAACAAGGUGAUGCGAGGCUUCGACCGUGACCUCUUGAUCACCCUGCAGAAGGAAGUCGGCUCCUUUGCCACCAACACCCCAGUGGUUGCUUCACAACGCACCAAGAGGUUCUUGAAGGAUGGUGCAUCCUCACUUCCAACCGAAGAUCCUUGGCACAAUGGGGCGGAUCCUUGGGCCAUGCAUCGUCCAACGACAUUGCCUGCUCCUUCUUCAGCGGCACCGGCACGUCGCUUGGAACAAUUGCAAGCACACAUUCGAGAAGAAGUGAAACAACAAGUCUCUCAUGCACCUCCGGGACUUGAUCAAAUGCAAGCGGACCCCACCAUCCAGCAGUUGCAGGUCAACAUCACUGAGCUUCAAGCUCAGGGAGCCCAAUUUCAAGCCUGGUUCAGUGAAGCCGGCCAACGGAUGACCACUACGGAACAGCAACUUCAACACCUUCAUGCUGUGGUUGAGCAACAAGGUCAACAUGUCUCCCAACAGAUUGACCAGAUCCAACAGGAGGUCGACAACAAGACCCAGAUCUUGCAGCACUCUCUACAGGGCUCCUUGGCCGCCAUGCAACGAGACUUCGAUGCCUCACUGGACGCAAAGCUCUCCAACCGCUUUGAUCGCAUUGAGUCCAUGCUGGCCAAGAAGUCGAGGCGAGGAUUCUUCUCUUGGUUGCUUUGGAUUUACCUCCUACUGCCUUGGGCGUGGGCUGGAGGCAUUCAAGUUCGAGAUCCAGACCGUCCCUGGACUACCACUUAUCUGGCUGAGUUGGACUUUUACUCAGCUCCAGUUCGGGCGUUCCAUGGCCCUGUUGGGGGAGCUUCCCCACAUUUUCAAAGUUUUGCUCCUGGUUUUCGCUUUGGUGAGGCAGACCACCCUGGUCCAAUGGACUUAAACGAUGGGACAGUGACAGCCUCCACUGACAACAUGGAUUUUCAGCGCCUGCGGGUUGGAUGCUCAAAUCCCAGUGGACUUCGUGGGAAAGAGUUGUCAGCCAUCUCAUUGGGUCCUGGCAUUUGGACCUUCACUGAAACUCAUUUGACUUCAGUGACACAACCAUCAGUGGCCUCUACCAUUGCUUACCAGGGUAGCCAACAGAAUCGCUCCAUUCGUUCCCUUUUUGGAGCCCCGGUCGCUUUUCGACCCAAUUCCAAUAGUGCGGGCAUUUGGUCAGGAGUGGGCGUCAUUGCUGACUUCCCAUCACAGGUAGACCUGCCUGCCUGGCGUGCGAGCCUCAUUCAUCCACCUGGUCCUUCGCACACGACGGGCGCAGCAGAUGACUUCUAUGCAGCUUGGGCGACGCAUUGGGUGCAACUGCGCAGCAAUUUCCUGUCUCUGGCCACUCACAAGUGGUUCAAGCAGCUUCGCCGGCUCCAAAGCUUCAAACAUGCAGCCCAAGCCAACAAAGCCACGGUCGAUGCUGAGACUUAUCGUCUCUUGCUAUGGCAGGCCAUCAAGCAAGCAUCAGGCUUCCACAUGGACUUCCCUUCUUGGUGGCGCCAGAGACCGCAUAAGACUCCUACGGCACCACAUGAACUCCCUGAAGCCCCGCCGGCGGCGGCACUGGCAGAAGCGAUCUUCUCGGACUUCAAGCUGCAUUUCGACAAAUUCGAAAGCUGGCAGAUCCGUCAGAAGGGCCGCUUGCUUCAGCAAAAAUAUGAUGCUUCAUGCCAAGCCCUUUUCAAAGACCUCAGGGACCCUGGCCGUGGUCAAUUGGACUUUUUGUGGGAUACCCAAACUUAUGCGGUUCUGGAUUUUUGCUUGGAAACCAAACAGAUCCAUUUGGAUCGACCAGUUUCCCUGACCUCCAGUGUCAAGUGGUUUCAUCAACAACAUCCUUUUGAACCACAGAGCAUCGACAAUGACCUUCUUACGGUCACAGCCAUGCCUGCAAACUUGGAGAUUGGAGAUGAGCUCACUAUGCAUCACUACUUCACCUCUCUUGAGGAGAUUCACCAGGCCAUGCAAGCCCUUUGGCAACCGCGUUGGCAGAAGCUCUCCACCAUCGGCUCCACUGACUGGACCCGCAUCAUGGGCUUUAUUCAGGCCUAUCUACCUCGACGGCAUUAUCCAGCCUUGACCUUGGAACCACAAAUCUGGCAGCAGACUUUGAAACGGAAGUGA